AUGCUGCUCGAGAAGAUCGCGGCGGACGCCAAGAGGCUGGAGGACGAGGCCGUCGCGGGCGAGAUGAGCGCGCAGAGCGUGUACGAGGACUUCAUGAAGCGGUCCAACAAGGAGCUCACGGCCUACGGGGAGUCGCUGCAGUCCAUGCAGGCGGCGAAGGCCACGGCGGAGAGCGACCUGUCCAUGACCAAGACCGACCUCAGGGACACGCUGAAAGAGCUGGAGGGUCUGAACAGCUACCUAGGCGACCUGCGCAAGAGCUGCGACUUCAUCAUGAAGAAUUUCGACGCCCGGCAGGAAGCGCGCGCUCAGGAGAUCCAGGCGCUGGGGGAGGCGAAGGCGAUCCUGUCCGGCAUGAACUGA